GCCGCCGCCACCUCUCCCGAUUCCAUCCAUGAAUUCUCCUCCUCCGCGACCGCCGCCAUCAAUUUCUCCGGCAAUAGAUGGAUCACCUCUUGACAAUUCUCAUCGUGAGGCCAUGGAUGGGACGCCUGCUUCAGUUGAGCAUGCAGAUUUAUACAGCUUUGGAAUGAAAGAAUUGAUGAAGGAAGGAAAUAAGCAGGUAGGAUUGGCUAUACCUCUGAAAAUACUAAACAUGCUUCUCCACUUUGUACAAGUAAUUUCUUUGAUGUUUGUUGGUCACCUCCGGUGAGUUGCAACUCUCCUCCGCUUCCAUGGCCACUUCUUUCGCUGCAGUCACCGGCUUCAGCGUCUUGCUAGGAAUGGUGAGCGCUUUAGAAACUCUUUGUGGCCAAGCCUAUGGCGCCAAGCAGUACCAAAUGCUCUGUGUUUGGUUGUUCUUCUAUCCGGUCUUCUCCCAAACCCGACGUUAAGAGACAUCAGUAUUGUCGAUAAGCCUGAAUACCUGCUGGAUGGUGUAUAUGAUAUCUGUUGGUCUUGGAGGUGCAGUGAGCACAAGAGUGGCGAAGGAACUGGGAGCUGGCAAUGCAGCAUACGCUGCGUCUUGCUGUGAUUGCAGCAGCAUCGACUGCAGCCUCAGAAGGAGCGGUCAUAGCAGCAGUAACAGUAUUAGUCCGAAAUGUGUGGGGAAAGCUGUACAGCAAAGAAAAGGAAGUGAUCGUAUACAUGGCGAGAAUCUUGCCUCUACUGGCAGUAUCAAACUUUUUGGAUGGUUUCCAGUGUGCUAUCAGGAGCUGCUAGAGGGUGUGGACGGCAAACUCUGUGUGCAGUCGUCAAUCUCGGGGCUUACUAUGUCGUAGCCAUUCCUUGUGCUGCGCUGCUCUGCUUGCCUUCGUCAUUCACCUCGGGGGCAUGGGGCUUUGAAUUGGGAUCAUAUGCGGACUUUCUGUUCAAGCUCUCGCGGACUAAUUGGAAUGAUGAGGUGUUGAAGGCUGCCAAAUUGAGUUGAAGAAACUUGGGAAUGGCUUCACAGGGCACGUUUGGUAGAUAAGAUUAUCCUAGAUUAUUUUGCUGAUUAACAUCGUUGCCAUUAUUUAAAAUAAUACUACUCCAUAUUUAUCUCGUUCAA